AUGGUGAGAUUCUGCAUAGUGCGUUGUGGCGUUUGGGACAGUGCAUCUCCCAGACAGAAGAGCUUCUUGCUGGCCUCUCAGUAGUACCCACAGAUUGUGAUCCAGAUGGACAGAGCAACGAAACGUCUAGAGCCAUGGAAGAUAGCGAUCAUCGUUGUGUCGAUGAUAGUAGCCUUAGCCCUCAUCAUUGGCUUGCUUACGUAUUUUUUGUGCAGUGAUCAGGACAGAUACUACAAUGCAUCUUUCCUAAUCACCAAUGUGAAGUACAACCCUCAGUAUCAAAGGCAAACCACAGAAGAAUUCAGACACCUGAGCCAAGAGAUUGAAACCAUGAUAUCUUCAGUAUUCAAGGGAUCCUUUCUAAGUAGAAGAUACAUCAGGUCCCAUGUUGUCAGUCUAAGCCCACAUCCAGGUGGAGUGCUUGCAUCUGCUGUUCUGGUAUUUAAAUUUCCCUCCGCUGACAGUAAAGAAAUUAGCUGGAGUCAUGUGAACCGUGUGUUACGCAACAGGCUAAAAACAAACUCCACGAUCUUGAAUGUUGACCAGUCUACCCUUACACUCACAGAGUUGAAUAAGGAAAAGGGAGAUAACCUUUUGAACAACUGCUGUGGAAUAAGAAAACAGACAUUCUCCUUCACAGGAGUGGAGAGGAUACUUGAUGGGCAGCGUGCGCAGGAUGGGGAAUGGCCGUGGCAGGCUAGUAUUCAGUUUGAUGGGUCCCAUCGCUGUGGUGCAACAGUGAUCAGUCAUACGUGGCUACUGACUGCAGCCCACUGCUUUAGAGACCGAAAAGAUCCUCGGAGGUGGACUGCCAGCUUUGGAAUUCUACUGAGACCUCCAAAACAGAAAAAAUUAGUCCGAAGAAUUAUUGUUCAUGAAAGAUAUAGUGACUUUGUCCUUGCUCAUGACUAUGAUGUGGCUGUUGUGGAACUUGCCUCUCCUAUUGAGUUCACGAGCGAUGUGCACAGUGUCUGUCUUCCUGAAGCAUCUCACGUUUUCCCAGACAACUCCUCCUGCUUUGUCACAGGUUGGGGAGCUUUGAAGAAUGAUGGCUCUAGUGUUAAUGAACUUCGACAAGCAGAAGUGAAAAUUAUAAGUACUGAGACUUGUAAUAGAAGACAAGUAUAUGGUGGAGCGAUAACACCUGGAAUGUUAUGUGCUGGAUACUUGGAGGGGCAGGUGGAUGCCUGCCAGGGUGACUCUGGUGGGCCACUGGUGCAUGCGAACUCCAGAGGAAUCUGGUAUCUUGUGGGAAUAGUGAGCUGGGGAGACGAGUGUGGCAAGGUAAAUAAACCAGGAGUUUACACGCGAGUGACUUACUAUCGAAACUGGAUCAACUCCAAAACAGGCAUCUGA